AUGUAUCAUGAUAUCACGACGCAAGUACUUAGCCUGUCUGGAGUUGGAGAACGGUUUGGUGUGCGUGUUGGGGUGCAUCAGGAAUCAGCGCUAAGUCCACUACUCUUCAAUGCAGUCAUCGUUUAUCUAACCUCCUCUAUCCAAAUCGAGGUGCUAUGGACUCUGCUCCAUGCAGAUUAUGUGGUGUUGAUGGACAAAACCAGGGAUCACCUGCAAUGCAGAGUAGAUCUAUGGAAAGAGGCAUUGGAGGGUGGUCUCUUCAAAAUUAGUCGUUCGAGAACUGAGUAUAUGCACCUUAAUUUCAGCGGAAGCACCAAAGGUAGCGGAUCUCUAUCUAUUCGUUGA